UCCUUCCGGGCGCCGUAGGCGGGCGCCGAUGGCAGCGGGUGGCGGUGGGGGUUUGUGUUCGGCCCGGGCCCUCCCGUGUCCGCGCCGGGCCUCUCUCUCUAUGUCCGCCCCAGUCGCCGGUGUGAGGAGGGGAGCGGCUCUCCGCAGCCCUCAGGCCGCUCUCCCUGCGAAGGGGCAGCCGUUGUUGUAGUAUCCGGCCCUCAGAGGCGGCCCCUGUAUUAGGGCACGGGUUUUGGGGCGUCCCGUGUGCCGGGGUGUGGGUUUGGGGGCACCCUGUGUGCCAGCGCGCGGGUUCUGGGGUGUCCCGUGUGCCAGGGCACCGCUUUUUGGGGCGUCUUCUGUGUCAGGGUGCCGCAUUUUGGGGCAGUCUGUCUGUCAGGGCACCACUCGUGGACUCUAGAGCUGCCUGGUGAGAUCCUCAUGGAAGCAAAAAGCAGCUCCAGUUCCAGCUACGACUCCCUAGCCAGUCUUACAGCAGGUGACAUGCUCAUUCACUCCACUGGUGUCCAUAGGGAAGCGUCCCUGGAAACUGUGACAGGAGCUGGUGGCUGUAAGAAGAAAGUGACGAUUGCUGUCAAGAAGCUGCGUGAAGCAGCCUCUCCCAACCAGGCAGAGGCUGUGGCUUUGGCUGGGAAUGAAGCACCCUACGUGACCCCAGCCGUGCCGGCUUCCAGCCAUGGAGUCCCUCACGGAUCCUCCCGCAGCAUGGCAUUGAGUGCAGGACUUACCAUGAGAAUCGGGAGUACUAAAGGACAUCCAGAACAUCUGCUUUCAGUAGAGAAUCGUACAGAGCCCACAUUUUUAUCACAAAUGGAUUACCCUAGACGAACUGCACUACAAGAAGAUCCUUCACUGCUACUGAAAGAAAGCAGAAGACCUAAAAAUGAUGUUUUUAUUACUCAAUAUGGUACUGGCCGGAGAGAUGCUUUGAGAGCGAUGUUAAAGCAAAAAACUCAAAAUACUGUUGUACAUAAGAAGGUGAAGGUACAACUCUUAGGAAAUGCCUUCACCAAAAAAAAGGAAAGUGUUGUUGAAGACAAGUCAGCACACAGGGAAGUUGAUUCUGCAACAACCAUCGCAGCAGCAACUGCUUCUGCCAUUGCUACUACAGCUCCACUUCUUAAAUCUCAUCUCCUCAGCUCUGCGGUCAGCACGGGUGGCUUACAGCAGGUUCAUGUCCCUUCCUCCAACCUCAUGACACAGCAAUCUGAGAAACCAGAGCAACGAUUGCUUCCAAAUAAAGUAUCUUCAUGCCGGAGGCAUUUAUCUCCUACCAGUGAUCCACUUGCCCAAGGUUAUUCAAGCCAGUUUCAAAGUUGUGGCACUCAUACACAAGAAUCUCUUCUACAGACACCAGUUCCUCGGAGAUGUGCUCCAGAACCUGUAUCAAAAAGUGUGAAAAUCUCAAAGAAAGAAAACCCUGUUACAGAGAAGGAAAAUAUUCCCAAAUCCACAAGUGAAGGUGAAGGGAGACUUCUUGAGCAUAUUCUGAAUUCACAAGAAAUGCCACUGAGGCAAUGUGAGCCUUCCAAGAAGGCAGCAUUAAACAGUGAUAAAAUGAGCGGGCAUGCUGAGAAAAUCAGGCAUACUGCUUUGCAGACAGACUCAUUCCCUGCUUUUGAAAGCUUUUUCCAAAAUUACGAUUCAUUUGAGAAAACGGUGAAAAAAGCAGAUGAUUUACUCCAAGAUCUUGGCCAGUUGAGAAGAGAAAUGCGUGAUGUGCUACAGGAAGCAAGUUCGUGGAAAUCAGGCAUGAAUGAUUUUAAGACAAAAAAUCCUACUGUUGCAUCUGAUCUUUCUGCACAUCAUCAGCUCAAUAAACCAUCCAUCCUUCAAAAUGUUAAAGUGCCAAAAUCAAUGCUGAGGAAAGCUGAAAGGACUCUGAGAAGAGUUCAAAACAAUAGAAAAGUUCUUGAAGAAAACUUGGAAGCUGUUACUCGCAUGAAAGACGGGGAUGCCAUGUACACUCUUAUCGAUGCCUUGACGACAAACAGAGACGUAUCGGAAGAGAUUCGUAUCAGACAGACCGUGGAUGAGUGGAUUAAGGCAAUUAGCAUGGAAAUCCAGGCUGAAAUGGCAAAAAAUGAUUCAGAACAAGUGAAAUAUGAUCAAAAGGUCCCAUGGAUCAAGAGAGCCCAAAAUAUCAAGGCUAUGAAGACCAAUAAAGAAAUUAAAGCGAAAACUCAAAAAAUCCAAGGAUGCUUGACAAAGAAACCUUUAUCUGCAGCAAAGCCAGUGCAGAAGCAAGCAGAAGAUAAUGCAAACAAACAGAGAUUUAGAACUUACUUUUCUUCUGGAAGUUUGCAGGGGAAAGAAAAAAGGGCAGAUGGACCUCUGAGUGGAAACGCAGUGGUACAAAAUGAAGACUAUCUGUACCAAGUUUAUGGGAAACCAGUUUACCAGGGCCAUCGUAGCACACUUAAAAAAGCACCAUAUCUGAGAUUCAACUCUCCCUCUCCCAAAUCUAAACUUCAGAGACCCAAGGUGAUAGAGUGUGUUAGAGGUACAAAGGUAAAGUCAGCAAGAACGCAGACUUGUUCUUGCACACAGAAGGUGGUAACCAGCGCUAAGAACCCACAUCCUUUAUAUGCACUUGCCCAGGAAAAUCGGUUCUUCUUUAGUCCAAGCGGAGAUGUGCCAGUUGCCUGCGGUCCUCUUGAAGGUCACCUAAUUCCUAUGGCUAUUCCACUAGGUCGAACCCAAAUCCAUGACAUCUCAUCACAGCCUUCUAGAGUGAUUAUAGGUAAACCGCAUCCUGUUACAGUUACAACCUCUCUGCCUCAAGCGCCACCAAAACCACCGGUUGAGAUAAAAAAACCAAACAUAGCUGUAAUAGAGAUGAGAUCGGAGAAAAAGGAUCCACCUGAACUCUCUGUGCAGGUGUUACCAAGUAUAGAUAUUGACAGUGUUUCAGAUGACAGCGUGAGUGUAAACCAGGCUCUUCCAGGCUCCGAACCCGCACUUUCUCCUGUUGAUGCUGUAAUACAGACUCCAGAAGAUGUGCAUAGUGAGGAGGACGACACGAAGUUUCCAGGAACUAAUUUCAUUGACGUUACUGAUGUCAUAGAGGAUCAAGAAGAGGAGAAGGGUGAAAUUCCAGAAUGCCUUGAGCCUCCACUGGAGCUUACUGGGCAGUUUAAAGUUGCCUCGCCAAAAUACAGUGGUCCUUUGUAUCCUCCGGUGGCUUCUGCUCCUCAGCAGUCUUCGGAUAUUUUGGAUGAACUGAUUCAGAGGAGAGAAACCAUAGAAAACAGGUUAAUAGAUUGGGUGGAACAGGAAAUAAUGGCCAGAGUUAUCAGUGGGAUGUACCCAGUUCAGAAAGAAACAGUGCCCAGUGUUAGCACCUCAGAAAGUGACGACAGUGAGACUGUAACCUCUGACACUGUUGAAGUUGCAGGUGGUGGAGGAUUUCAGCUCUUUGUCAGUGCUGGCGUGCCAGUGGACUCCGAAAUGAUAAGUCAUUUCGUAAAUGAAGCUCUCCGUGAGAUAAUUGCGACUAUGCUGGGUAGCAGGCAGGCAGAGAAAGCAGUUCCUGAUACAAAUGCUCUUCCAAGUACAACAAUUAUAACGGAGUCUGUUGUGCCUACUCCGUUGCCAACACCUCAGGCCACACCACCACAAACACCACCUUCAGAAAAGGAAUUGCCUCCAGUCAAAACUCCAGAGUCUUCUCUAUCCCUUACAGAAAUGAGUGGGGAUAUUCAUGAACAUGAAAAAAUUAAAGAAAUAGGAGUUGAGAUUCUAGAUGUCACGAGUUGUGUUGGAACACCUGUGAUUACCCCUGUCAAUACGCCUCCUAGAACACCCACCCCAAGCCCUCCUGUCUCCGAAGCUGUGAAAACGACAAGUCCAAAGCCUCCAAACCCAUGGGAUGAUGCAGAACUUCCUCUGGAAGAAGAGAAACUGAAGUCUUUAACUGAAGAACCAUUCUGUCCCCAGGCUUUUGAGAUAUCGGUGGCUAAAGAUGAGGAGCCAGAGGACUUGGAUGCCUCUCAGCAUUUGGCAGUGAGGCCCUCUGAAUCGCUUCCUUGUGAGCCACAGGUUCCAUCGCCUGUGCCUACUGUUGGUUCUGGGCAGUCCACGCAGGAAAGCAGCCUUACCCUCACAGAAACAGAAACAGAAACUACAGACAGACCCAUCUCAGAAGGAGAGGUCCUCUUCAGCUAUGGACAGGUGCCGGCUGCCAGAGCAUUAGCAGAAGGAGGACUGUUGCUUCCAAACCUUGCUGAGAGCUUAACGAAUACUUUGCAAGAUGCCAGUGAAAUGGAUUAUGAUCCUCCCAGUGAAGGGCAAGUGGUGAGAAGACUGGAUAAAGGCUGUCACAGGGAUCCUGUCAUGACACUUUUAAAGAAAUUAAAUCAAGCCCCUGUUGCUGCACAAGAAAGAAUGUACCAUUUGGAGGAUUCUGAAGAUAGUGUUGGGGAGCUCAGUGAAGGUCAAAGACCAAGGCUGACCAGGGCAGAAGAGAGAAUCCUGAUGGGACAUUCAGUUUAUAUGGGCCAUCCAACUGCUCGGACCUCUGAGAACAGACAACUGCAGUGCUUCCGUUCCUCAUCACCAGGGCAGCUUGCCCAAAUUGGAGCAGAAAUUCUAGGAGAUGCAGAUACAAGUCAUGAUCCAAUGUUUAUGGCCAAACUGGAAUCGCAGCCAGUUUCAGAUACCGAUCUGCAAGCAGCCCAGCCGAGCUGCAGAGUGACAUCUCUCUGUGAGGAUUUGUCCCAGGAGGAAAGCCGAGGAGCUUCACAAGCUGAGACUGUGAGACCCCGAGUUAUUCAUGUGAGGAGGAAGUCUGUAGAAAUGCAGCCAGAAGGAGAGGAUGCUGCCCCACAGUUAAACUCACAUGUUUCUGCGGCAAAGCUGUCGGUGAAGCUGCCUUCCAUGAAUACAGAUAACCAGAGUACGAGUAGUUUACAUGACAAUUCAGAUUCUUCAGGGACGGAUACAUUUUAAAGUUCACGGCUUUUUAUGACAGUUGUUGUUUGAAAAUCUUGUCACUGGUACAUCUGUCUCCCUAAUGUGAUAGUUUGAGUGUUUUUUCAAAAUACUGGUCUUUUAGUACUGUUUAUUUUCUACUGGUUUUCUUGCAACUUUGUUCUGAUUAUAAAUUGAGGCAAUGGUUCAGUUUGUGAAGUUAUCAAAUAUUUUUAAGCAAAUAAAAUGCAAUUCUUUCAGAAUCGUUAUGAGUUUAAAUCAACAAAAGCGAAAGGCAUAGAAGUAUGUGUUGUAUGCACAGGUGAAUGUCGCAGAUGUGGGCAGUGGCACAGAGGGCACCCUCAGUAAGUUUGCCAGCGACACCAGGCUAUGUGGCACGGUUGACACGCUGGAGGGGAGGGAUGCCAUCCAAAGGGACCUGGACAGGCUUGAGAGGAGGGCGUGUAUGAACCUCAUGAAGUUCAACAAGGCCAAGUGCAAAGUCCUGCAUCUGGACUGGGGCAAUCCCAAGCACAAUUACAGGAUGGGCAGAGAAUGGAUUGAGAACAGCCACAAAGAGAAGAACAUUGGGUUCUGGUGGAUGAGAAGCUCAACAUGAGCUGGCCAUGUGUGCUUGAAGCCCAGAAGACCAACUGUAUCCUAGGCCACAUCAAGAACAGCAUGGCCAGCAGGAUGAGGGAGGGCAUUCUGCCCCUCUGCUCUGGUGAGACCUCACCGGGAGACCUCUGCACAAGGACAUGAGUCCAUUGGAGCAAGUCCAGAGGAGUCCUUGGAUAAAGAUGGUCCAAGGGCUGGAGUGCCUGCCGUAUGAGAAUAGGCUGAGAGAGUUGGAGUUGUUCAGUCUGUAAAGAGAUUCCAGGGAGACCUUAGAGCAACUUCCACUACUUAAAGAUGUCUACAGGAAAGCUGGGGAGGGGCUCUUUCUCAGGGAGUGCAAGGAGAGGAUGAGGGGGAAUGGUUUUAAGCUGGAAGAGGGCAGAUUGAGAUGAGUUAUUAGGAAGAAAUGUUUUCUUGUGAGGGUGGCGAGACACUGGCACAGGUUGUCCAGAGAAGUCAUGUCUGCCCUAUUCCUGGAGGUGUUCAAGGCCAGGUUGGAUGGGCCUGGAGCAACCUGAUCCAGUGGGAGGUAUCCCUGCCUGUGGCAGGGGGUUGGAACUCGGUGGGCUUUGAGGUCCCAUCCAACCCAAACCAUUCUAUGAUUCUGUGAAUGUGGAAGUGCUUGGUAUUAAACUCCAUGACAAAAGUCUGUCUCACUCAUGGAAAAAAAUGCUUGGUUCAAUGUAAUGUCACUGCUGUCAAAAUGUAAAGCCAGAGGAAAAUGUAUUUGAAAUCAUUGCAAGAAAAUUGUAUUCCUAGAUAUCUUCAGAGCUUGUUCAUCCUUAGAAGUCUGCUGUCACAGAACAGUAAUUCAAAAUUGUGUGUAAAAGAGACUGAUAGAGUUUUUAUUGUUAUUAUGAGGAAUAUAUCUUUUUAGAGGUACAAGAAUUUUUCAGCAUUUUGAUGUUUAUUUCCCUCAAGAUUUUUUUCCCAACUUGAAACACAUGUGAAGGAGAGAUUUUGUGGGUAAGGUGAUUUGUUUACAUUUUUAAAUGUUAAUUCCUCCUAAUUGCUGCAGUCUCAACCUUUCAAAAGUGAAAUAAUCCUUGACUCCCCCUCCCAGGGAUCGCUUGAUUUUUUUAUUGUCUCAAUCAGGAUGGCUUGGUCGCUCCCGCAGUGGCUGAGGAGGAAGGUAGGGUUGUCUGCCCCAAGCAGCAUGCAAGUGAAAUGAAAAAGAGGAAUUCAGACAUAUUCCAUUAGGAAAACGAGGCAAGGAGCAAUUCUCCAAACAGGGCAAACGUAGCUCUUGCUCUGUUCCUCACCCAGUUG